AGAGUAGCUCACUCCGCCGCCAGAUUCGGCAGCGACAACAUCGGGACAGCCAGCUCUCUAAAGUGUGAUCUCCCGCCCCUGCCAGACCUUAGUACUGGCGUCUCAUACACCGCCUCUCAUCCACUGACAGGGAUUCAAGACUGGAAAACAAAAGCCAAAACACAUAGAAAAGAACUCGCAUCUCACACAGAAGGGGAUUUAAACUCGCAGAAGAGAUUCUAGCAUUCACUUCAGCGGCCAUGAUUUUCUCCAUGUUUUUGACGCUAUUCCUCGUGGCCCAGGCUGCGGGACACAUGUCCCUGCAGGAGCCGCCGGCCAGGAACGUCAUGUGGAGGAUGGGAUUCAACGAUCUGCCCGCCCACGCUGACGACGACUACCUCAUCUGCCACGAGAAGAGCGCCCGCAACAAGUGCCCCCCCUGUGGGGAUAGUGCCGACACCCCCCCGCCCCACCCCCACGAGGGAGGGGGUCAGUGGGCUACCGGCAUCAUCUCCAGGACUUACACCAUGGGGCAGGUGAUGAACAUACACGUCAAUGUCACCAGGAGUCACGGAGGGUCGAUUGAGUUCAAAUUGUGUCCUCACGACAGCAUUGCCACCCCAGUCGACCAGCGCUGCCUCGACAGGUAUCCGCUGGAGAUCGUGGGAAGCAACUCUCGCUCGGUGCCGAUCAGGGCGCCGUACAACAGCCCUGAACAGAUCUCCGUCAGGGUCCGCCUGCCCCCCGGCGUCGCCUGCGACCAAUGUGUCCUCCAGAUGACCAACACGGCAGAGGAGUUCAAGCCCCAGAAGAUCAUGUUCAGGAACUGCGCAGACAUCGCCAUCGAAGGGAACGCCAAGACCAACCAGGCAGCUGGAGAACCAGUCGGGGAUCCUGCCUUCUCCAUCAGCUCCCGCUCGGGCUUCGGCUCUGGCUCAGGGACCUCUGAAACAGGCUUUACCCCCCAGAUUCAACACCGCUUAUUCUUCCCGGAAAGACGCUAAAUAAAAAGAUACUUAAAGCAAUAAGCGUAGUAUCACACUUGUAAGUCGCUAGGAAAAUGAUACAUUGAGUUAAUAUAAGGGAUAUAAUGAUUCCUAAGCCGGUAGUACAAGGGUUUACCAGUGCUGGGGCCGAAAUGAUGUCAUAACAGCAUCAUAUUUUUCAGUGUAGGGGCUUUCUAAAUGAAUAAAAGGUUAAGUUAUUUUGGAUAAAGCAAGAAAUAUGGGGAUUUUAAGAUAAACAUAGAGAGAGGUUUAGCAAUAAUAAAAAUAGGAUUUUUGGGUGAAAUUAAUGUUGUUAGGGGGAUGCUAAAAUGUUUUGGGUAACCGCCAUUAGACUUCAGCAAAUCCUGAACGAUGAAUUCUGAUGUUUGUCGCAAGAAGAAAUAUGAGUUACCCUUGACGAGGCACGCCAUACUAAGAGGAUAUACUGUACAGCUUAAAAGGAGGAAGAUUCUGACAAGAUAAACUAAAGAAAUAUAUGCAGUUCACAUUCCCUGCACCGUCCCCAUUCCAGACACAAUGUCAGAACUCCUGCACACGUGAACGUGUUUCUAAAAAUCACGUAUAUUUAUGGCAAAUUCACAAGCUCUGGAGACGUGAAACAUUUAAGCCAAUCACAUUACAACUGUUACAAAAUUUAAACGCAAUGAAAAUGUUACAAAAUAGUUUGAGAGAUAUUGGCUCCUUCAGGAGCGAGUACACAAAACCGAGUCCUAUUACCUCAACAUAAAAGGCUUUAAAAAAAGGCUUCCUUCAGCACAGGCAAACUACUGUAUUGCCAUACUCAAACAAGCCCUGUACGUAUCUGGUCAGAGGACAAGACACUUGUGGAGAUUAUGUGCAGGAUGAUUAACAACUUUUCACUAUUUUGAAACUAGAAAAAAAUGUGGCCUGCACCUGUCUAUUAAAACUUGAGUGCCAACAAAGUUCCCAAAACCCUACUCUUAGACCAAGAAUAAAAAACCCUCUCAAUGUUUACCUGAUGAUUCCCAUAAACUCUCUCUAUAUGAUUAACACAGAUCAGUUACAUCAUGUUUCUUAGUGUUAGCACUGCAGGAUCCUGUUUUAUUUAUUGAGGCGUGUUUGGGUGGGUGAGAGCGAUGCUCAUUUGUCCCCACCAUCAGCCACCUCUACACGCUACCUAUUUAUUUGCCAGUAUAUAGUGUAUUAAAUGUAUGCUAUGCGUA